UGCUGAAAUACCGCACCACCCUAAUGCUACUCCGAGGUUCAGAAUCACCGCAAACGUAUAAAAAGCGGUCAGGACAACUCCUCAAACAUCAAACAUCAGUUCUACCAGUGAAAGUGAAGUCGGUCGAAAAUUCAUUCAGGAUGCAAAUAAUUUUGGCUUUACUAAUUGUGAUGAUUUCACUCAACGGCAUAAAACCGUUCACUGUGUCAUACGGCGCAAUCUGGGAUGAUUCAAUUGAAAUAAAUGACUUAAACUGGCCUGCGGAUGCAGCCUCUAUAGGAAACAUGCCAAAAUAUAAAACAGAUUAUCGUUUGUACAAUGCAAUAGUGGACAUACUGCCAUAUAAUUUCACUGAGCCAUUUGAGAAGUGCAAGGUAAUUCGAUUCAGUGGUGGAUCUGUUAAAUCAAUCCACAUUAAUCCUAAGUUAGAUGAAAUUCAUUUACUCGAAACAUCUACUGAAAAUGUAAUUAUUAAACCUGAUAUGUUCUACAAACUGCGCGCUUUCCGGUGUGAGGAUACAAAAUUAACACAUAUUCCAGAGAACGUAAAUCGGUUAAAACAUUUGAAAAUUUUAGAUCUUGAAUACAACUUGAUAGAAACAGUUCAAAUGGAACAGUUAAAUGGGUUGGACAAUUUGGAAGAACUUUGGCUUCCGUCUAAUAAAAUAAAACACAUUUACAGUGACGGUCCGGUGAGUCUGCCAUCGCUCAAUACAAUGUAUCUUGACAAUAAUCGACUUCAACAUUUUGACGUAUGUAAUUGGAACAUGUCUACUCUUGUUCGCCUUGAUCUCAGUGGAAACAGUUUGACACAUUUCGCAAUUCAUCAAUUUCCUGCGCUAAGACUAUUAUCAAUUUAUGACAACCCAUGGAACUGUGCUUGGACAGAUAGUUUAACGAAUAAGUCAAUAUGGCUCUAUUCCAAUACACCUUGCGACGAAAAAAGCGUCGGUGACUUCGUAUUGGAUUGUCCACCAACUAAUCAUCAAUUGAAGCAGCAGAUUUCUAGUGUCGACACCAAGUUAAGCCAAAUUGAAGGAAAAAUGCAAAAAAUUGAAGACCUGCUGCAAAAUCUUACCGCAAAAAUGAUUGAUCAGCAAAAUGUCUCUAAUGACAUCAUUGAGGCAAUGUAUCGAAUUGAAAUCAAAAGAGCUUCCAAAAAAACGAAGAAAAUUCCAUAACUUUCGAAAUAAUAAUGUUCAUAUUUAUUGAAUAAUAUAGACCUAAGUAUAAAAAAAUUCUUUGUAUCGAGCUUUAGUUCAUUAUUAAAUAAACGUCAUACAGAAAAAAAAUAGCUUUUCACAGUUCUUUUAGUUUGCGUUAUGAAAAAUAUCACUUCAUUUUCCGUUUUUUACUUGUGCUACAUAUGAUGAAAAAUCCGCCGAUGAAACAGUGUGCAAUGUACUCUCAAUCGACACUUUCUGUGGUGUUUUCAUCUCUACCUAAACCCUAUUGGAGAUUGUAAUGCACUUGUGAACAUCGUUGCCUCAAAAGUAAACGCUCAUUGGCCAAUUUCGUCUCAAAUUCGGAGUAUUCGGAGUUGGAAGCAUCCUCUCAGAUUUCAAUCAAACUUUCUGAAUUGUAGACCUCAGUUAAUUUCAAUUUCUGUUCAAUUUCCCGUAUAAUUUCCUUAUUUUCCUUACUCCCUCUUACUUCGGGUAGUAUCUAUCUCACAAAAAAAAACCCAGAUUAAUCCACCUAGUGGUGAUAGUGCCUUUCUCGUCGAAUAUGUUAUGUUGAUAUUUUUUAAAGCCAGCAUAUUGAAAUGUUUAGCAAAACAUGCUGGAAACCAUGUAUAUAUUUUAAGCGCUUAGAAAUGGCUCUGGGUCCCCCCCAUAAAAAUAUAGGUAUUAUCUGACCAAAGUCAGGGGUGUCAUAGCUGCCAAAACUACUCAUUGUUGCCCAGUUUUUUUAAGUCAUUAGUAUUUGUAGAACUAUUACUGAAACGUGCAUUCAGUUUCUUAUCUCAGAGCCAUAUUCAGCCUCUACUGUGUCUUAUUCAGGAGAUUGAGCUAAUACGGUAAGCCGUAUUCAGCCUCUCCUGUGAUUGAAUCAUAUUCAGCCUCUUCUGUAUCGUUUAAGGAGGUUUUAGCUAGCACGGUAAACCGUACUCAGCCCCUCCUGUCGUUGAACCAUAUUCAGCCUCUUCUGUACAUUCAGGAGAUUGAGCUAAUACGAUAAAUCGUAUUCAGCCUCGCCUGUCGUUGCAUCAUAUUCAGCCUCUUCUGAAUCGUUUUAGCUGACACGGUAAACCGUAUUCAGUUCCUCCCAUCUCAUUUUCAGAAGACUUUAGCUAAUAUGAUUUUCAGCAGUUUCAGAAGAUUUUAGCUAAUAUGGUUUAUUUGUAAUUGACGAUUUGUUUCAGCAGGUUACACCAACGUCCUUUAACUCAUCACUAUAUGAUUCAAGUUAUACACAUCGUAGCAUGUAAAGUCGUAUGGUGUGUUUACAUCAGAUGGAAGGAGAACAUUAUAAUGUGCGUCUGCUUGACCUGGUCUUGUCAAAUGCAGUAAUAUUGGUAAAUCAGUAUUACUGUAACUUGGUGGUUCAACUUUAACAAACCGUUGUUCUCCGUUUUCGUGAUGCAGCAUGAUAAAAAUAAUUCGUUCAAGAGCCAUACUGAGAGCAAACAGGGUGUCAAGGUUACCGAAUAAUCUUUCUGAACAACAUAUCUGAAGAAGGUUAAACAAUGUGUCUGAUUCCAAACCAAUGGUGUUUUUGAUUUUCUCGAAAAGAUGUAUGUUUUCUAUUACGGCUUGGAAUGCAAUUGCUCUGAGAUCAAAAGAAAAACUUUCAUUUCCUACCAAUGCAUACGAAAUCGCAUUAAAUUGGCAACCGCCAUCUCCAGUUAUAGGAACCUCCAAGAAUCCAUUCAAUGUUUGAACUGACAAUGGUCUAUCUCUGCUACAUUUAAAAAUGUUAGUAGGUAAUGUCCGUAAGUAGUUUGCAAUGUGGUCAAUAUCACUUUUGUAACGCAUUACAUUGCCAUCUGUAGAAGCUAUCAGCAAUUCUUCUGAAUUAGUAAAUGUAUAUGGAUCGUUAUAAAAUACCUGUUGAACAUUUUUGAGCAUUUUUUCAUUACCAUUAUCAUAUGCAUCAUUUGUUGUAUCUACUGAGUUAAUCCACUCUUUAAUGCUGUUAUCUAGAUUUAAAUGCUCAGAA